AUCAUACGGGAACAACAUUUCAAUAUAUUAGUAUGCCAUUACUGGUCAUUUAUGUUGUUGUUGUGUCUAUUCUCUUACUUAAUUUACUCAUAGCUAUGAUGGGUGAUACGUAUGGAAAUGUUAUUGAAAGUGCUACACAAAUAUGGCAUUUAGAACGAGCACGUAUUAUAUUUGCAAUUGAAAAUGAAAUGUCAAUAGAUGAACGAAUGUUAGAUAAAAAUAAAUAUUGGACAAAUGUUGAUGGUCAACGAUAUUUACAAAUAGAAGAAAUUGACAAAGAUUGUUUUCGUGAUAUUAAUAAUGAUGAAACAGAAUCGUACACCUGUUUGGAAAAUUUAUCAAAUGAACUUUUGUACGAAAUAUUGGAAUAUGUUGAUGGUUAUGAUAUAUAUAAAUCAUUUUCAAAUCUUAAUAUUCGUUUACAGAACCUUAUCACUUCUUCAUCACUUUUACUUCGAAUAAAACUUGAGUUAAAAUCAAUAUCUCUACUUGAAGAUCGUUGUCAAAAUGUUAUAAUUCCAAAUUCGCACCGUAUUCUUUCGAUUUGUUUGGAUGAUGAAUUAUUGACUGAGAAAUUCUUUGAUCAUUGUAUUAUUGAUUCAUCAUUUUAUCGUCUUGAAUCACUUACACUCAAUGAAAUUCAAAUCGAGAAAUUACUCACAAUUCUUUUUUAUUUAAAUUCUUUACCUCGUCUCUUUUCAUUAACCAUUUCUAUAGAAGAUGAUGAUGAUAACUGUGAUCUUGGAAAUAUUUAUCAAUUAAUUUUUUCUUUAUCUUCAUUAAAAUAUAACAAACUAUAUUUACCUGCUGAUAAAUUACAAAUUAAUAUUCCACAUGUAAUCAAUAAAAAAUUUAGUAGGAUCGAACAUCUGGUUCUUUAUUAUACUUGUACUCUUAAUCAACUAAAAUGUCUACUUCAUUAUACACCACAACUUCGUCAUCUGUUUUGCAAUGGAGUGGCUAAAUCAGAUGAAGAUUUCAAAAAAAAUAAAUGGAUGAAAUUACCAUAUUUAAAAUCCAUUCAUUUUGAUGACGUUGCUGCGUCGUUUGAAGAAUUUGAAGUGUUUAUUAAGGAGAUCUCCUCUCAAUUACAAAUAUUGAAGAUUAGGGAACCUGAGAAUAAAACUUAUCUGGAUGGUAAUCGUUGGGAAGAAUUAAUUAAAGAAUAUAUGCCUCAAUUAGAAACAUUCUACUUUAGUUUUAAUCAGGAUAUUCAUGAUGAUAGAAAUAUAAAUUUAAUUGAUUCAACUGAUGGAUUCAUUAAUCGAUUUAAUUCACCAUUUUGGUUUGAACGAAAAUGGUUUCGUGAGAUAGAAGUAUAUUGUGAAUCAAUGACUUUUUUAAUUCGUCCAUAUAAAAAAGAAUGGAUCGAUCUUCAUCAACAUAUGAAUAUUGAUAUAUAUUCGAAACAAAAUUCGGUCGAAGAUAAUUAUAUUUCUAAUCAAGAAAAAACUGCCGAUGGUAUUAUACAAUUGACUAUCGAGAAUUAUGAAUUUACCGAAGUUAAUUGGCAAUUUAUUAAUAAAUUAAAAUCUGCCUUUAAAGCAAUUCAAUUUACUCAUUUAAAUAUAGAUAAUAAGAGAAUAACUAUAAACAUGUUACUCGACAUUCUAUGUCUGUUGCCAAAUAUUGAAUCAUUAAAACUGUUAUCUAUACCAAUACUUCAGUUAGAAUCUUUAUCUAUUGAAGAUACCAAAAAUCAACUAUCAGUAUUAGCUAUUAAUAAAAUAACAAAAGUCAGACUUGGUCAAGUUACAGAAGAACAAGAAAUUCAAUUUUUUAUCGAUCUUUGCCCACAUAUGCAAUAUCUUGAAGUAGACUGUAUGUUAGAUACAGAUGUUCCAUUACUUAUGAAACUUAUUUUAAUCAAUCGAAUGACACGUAUUCCUGAUCUCUGCUAUCUGUGCUUCAUUAUUACUAUGGCAGAUGAAAAUAUGGUUAGAACUUUAGCAAAAAUAAUCGAUUCCGAAACAGUUAUUGAUAAUUAUUCAAUUAAGCGUAGUGGCAACAAAAUAAGUGUACAUUGGAAAUUAUAA